CUGUAGCCCAGGCUGACUCUUGUGUCAACCCCAGUAGGAACAUCGGCUGUUGGGUACUUGACAGAGCCUGCACCAGGGAGUUAAUACGACUCAGUGUUGCUGGAGGUGUGACACAGUCCCAGCCCUCUACACACUGAUUCACACAGGAUUAAGUCACUGCAUGAUGCUUCAGGCAGGAGUGCUGGUACAGCUGAUUUACCGUCCUUGUCAAACUUAACGUCGUUGGAGGCCUCCUCUGCCCGAUUCUUGUCCUCUGUGGAAGAACUAGUAAAAUCAUCUGCCACUGUACCAAACGGAUUGUCCAAAGGGAUGACUGGAAGUCAUCUUGCUCAGGAGUAAGAGAGGAAGAAAUGGGCUGGACUAUGACUCUAAAAGAUGACUUUGGGGUCAUUGCCUGGACACGGCGAGCAGGGAACAGCCUCAACCUCUUUCUCUUCUUGUCUCUCUUCUCCUUUUCAGUCCAGUCAGACCUCGUGUUUCCAAAGGACCAUCACUUCUCAUGGAAAGCAGGCCAGUGGGGUCACUGCAUUGGGGACGAGUGUGGUUCUGGUGGGAUUCAGACAAGGACAAUAUGGUGUGUGCACACGGAGGGCUGGACAUCCCACCAUACUCACUGCCAGCACAUGGACAAGCCGGAAAGCCAGAGGCACUGCUUUAAAGUCUGCGACUGGCACCAGGACCUCUUUAAGUGGGAGGUGUCAGACUGGGGGGACUGUGUUCUUGUCCCUUUCUUUGCCAACGAGCUCACAUUGAAGACAGCUGAGUGCAUUACAGCUCAGCAUGGCAUCCAGAGGCGCAAAGUCCACUGUGUACGCGCUUCAAACCGUACCACAGUCACCUCACGGAUAUGUGAAUUCUUUUCCCAGAAACCACCUGUGGAGCAGGCAUGCCUCAUCCCUUGUCCCCAGGACUGUAUAGUUUCAGACUUCACCUCCUGGUCAAGUUGCACCAAAACCUGUGGUGCUGGCCUGCAGCAUCGGACUCGGCAUGUGCUGGCCACACCAAUGUACGGAGGUGCAAAUUGCCCCAACCUGACAGAGACCAGGACUUGCUCCAACCCUGUUGAAUGCCCUGCUGGGGAGGGCGAGUACCAGUACAGCCUUAAAGUGGGGGCCUGGAGUGAGUGCCGACUACCCCAUCAUAAAGAUGGUCAGUUAAUUGGAAGGACUACAGUGGACUUCAGCACCAGCACCAGUGAGAACAACACAGUCACACUGCACACACAGGUGUCUCAUCACCACUCCCAUCACCACCACCACCACCACCACCAGCGCCACACUCAUGCACACAAAUACCCCAUGUCCUGGGAACUGGAGGUUGGAUACCAGACGAGACAAGUCCGCUGUACACGGAGUGACGGCAAGAACGCUAUGCUGAGUCUCUGCACCAAGGACAAUGCCCCUCUGACAUUCCAGGCGUGUGUGAUGCCCAAAGACUGUCAGACAUCUGAUUGGUCAUCGUGGAGUCCCUGCUCUAAGACAUGCAGGUCUACUGACCUGUCUCCUGGUUACCGCCUCCGGUCACGGAUCAUGACGCAGAUCCCGGUCGGAGGGGGCAAACGAUGUCCUGCCCUUGAGGAAAAAGAAGCUUGCAACAUCAUAGGGGAUUUACUUCCAAACUGCCCCAGGUAUGUGUGGAGGACAACUGACUGGGAAGAAUGUCGCAUCCUCCCUUUACUGAGCCAGCAGGACCGGCGGACGGCUAACAUCAGUAUUCUGUGCGGGCGGGGGAUCCAGACCAGGAAGACCUACUGUGUUCAAGUCUCUGAUGACUUGGCACCACAUCACAGGAAAGAGGUGUCCAGGCCUGUCAAUUCCAGGCUGUGUGCUGGUGAAGAGCCCCCAUCGGCCGUCCAGCCCUGCUCCAUCCCUUGCCAGCACCGCUGCCUGCUUUCUCAGUGGUCACCCUGGGGUGCCUGUUUACACGACAACUGCAAAGAACCACAGGGGAAAAAAGGUUUCAGACAGAGGAGGAGAGAGGUAUUAUGGGAGUCCAGCAGUCCUCUGGGAACCUGCCCACAUCUGGUGGAGUCCAUCCCCUGUGAGGAUCCUGCCUGCUACCUGUGGCAGGUCAUACCAGAAGACAGAUGUAUUCCCACAAAAAGCUCCUGUGGUCCUGGAACUGCAGUCCAGAAUGUGAGCUGUGUCAGUGCUGAAGGGGAAGAUGUGCCCAUUGCCCAUUGUGAAGGUGACCCUCCGUCCACAGAGGUUGCCUGCGAAGUCGCCUGUUCCUCAGACUGUGUGGUUGGACCCUGGUCCUCCUGGUCACCCUGCUCACACAGCUGUGCCACCAAGAACGCAGAGGGCCGACAGAGCCGCACUCGCACAGUGUUGGCCCUCCCGGGGAAAGAGGGGAAGGUGUGUCCAGCUGCUGCAGCCCUGGAGGAGUGGAGAGUCUGCAAUGACCACCCGUGCAUGGUUUUCUACUGGGAAGCCUCGGUCUGGGGUCCCUGUAUUGAGGACGCCUCCAUGGAUCUCAAUGGAACCACCUACUGGAAUGGGACCCCUACAUGUGCCGUGGGUGUUCAGAUCCGCAAAGUCACCUGCAUGAGGAUGAACACUGGACCUGUCAUGAAUAAAAGGUGUUCAGAUUCUGUUCGUCCAGAAACUGUGCGAGCCUGUUUGCUUCCCUGCAAGAAAGACUGCAUUGUGACACCCUUCAGUGAAUGGACAGCCUGCCCGACAACCUGUAUGCCAGAUAACGCCACUGCCGCUACACAGUCUCGAUACAGGACCAUCAUUCAGAGGUCUGCUCAUGGAGGUCAAGAGUGCCCCGACACACUGUAUGAAGAGAGAGAGUGUGAAUCACUUCCUGUAUGUCCAGUGUUUAGGUGGAGGACAUACAAGUGGCACAGCUGUACUCUGGUUCCAGAUUCUGUUCGACGUGGAUUAUCUGGACCAGGAGAGGCCUGUGGAAAUGGUUUAGAAACAAGAGGAAUCAGUUGCGUUGACGAGAGCGGUGACUCGGCCAAUAUGACAGAGUGCCUGCGGUGGGCUGGCCCCUUGCCCCCUCAGAUCAGGGUAUGCCGGGUGCCUUGCAAGGAUGACUGCACUCUAACUGCGUGGUCCAAGUUCUCUGACUGCGCUGGAUGUGGCAGCUCCCGCAGCCGCACGCGCUCGCUCACAGGUCGUAGUAAAAAGAAGGAGCAUUGCCUGAAUGAGAAGCUGUACCCUCUGGAGGAGGCCGAGACCUGUCCAUGUGACCAGUAUUUGUCCCAGCCCUAUGGGAACUGGUCUGCUUGUAUCCUACCCGACCCUUCAGCUUCAGGUUCCCUGAAAGCCUGGAUGAGCCAGCGGGAGGUAAAGGAGUGUGGACAAGGUCUGCGCUACAGAGCGGUGGCCUGCAUUGACCAACAGGGACACCUGGUCGACCCCACACUGUGUACAGACUCAGGCUACAUGGUGGAGGUUUGCCACAUCCCUUGCCCCCUAGACUGUAAGCUCAGUGACUGGUCAGCCUGGUCAGCCUGCAGUGCAUCCUGUGGCAGUGGGUUGAAGAUCAGGUCCAAGUGGCUCAGGGAGAAAGCUUUCAACGGGGGACGCCCAUGCCCCAGAUUGGAUUUGAAAAACCAGGUGUACGAGGCUGUGCGGUGCCACAGUGAAUGCAGCCAAUACGAGUGGCGGAUCGAUCCCUGGUCCAUUUGUACCAUCAACACCGUGGACGACCUGCCAGCCUGUGGGGAGGGAGUCCAAAGCCGCAAGAUCAGGUGUGUGAAGAAGGGAACAACGAGUGGGGAGGUCAGCAGUGUGGACGACAGUCUGUGUGAUCAGGAGGAAAUGCCACCCAGAGCCCAGGUCUGCUUUCUGGCCUGCCCUAAUGACUGUGUCGCAGCACCCUGGGGACCCUGGAGCAACUGCCCUCUGGAAUGUGACCAAGGAACAACAAGGAACAGGAGCAGACACAUCCUCCGACUCCCAGCCUCGGAGAGCUCCGCCUGUCCAGAGCUGGUCCAGUCAGAGCCCUGUGUCCUCAACAGCACCUGCUUCACCUACCAGUACAGAGUCUCAGAGUGGACUACAUGCCAGCUGAGUGAAAAUGGCAUCUGUGGUCGCGGUUCACGGUUACGUCUCCUGGACUGCGUUCGCAGCGAUGGCAAGAUAGUGGAGUUGCAGCAGUGCGAGAAGUUUGGUCUGAUCAACAAGUGGGUUCUGUUGGAGAGCUGCGUGGUUGACUGUCCAGUCAGCUGUAUGCUCUCUGAUUGGUCACCGUGGGCAGAAUGUUCACACACCUGUGGCAGCCAAGGUCAGUCUGUGCGCAGUCGAAGAAUCCUGCAGGAGGCUCAUGAGGAGGGUCAACCCUGUCCCAACCAACUCACCCAGACCAAACCAUGUCCCAUAAAGCCUUGCUAUACAUGGCUGUUGAGUGACUGGUCCGCUUGCACUGUAGAGGGAGCAGAGUGUGGUGAGGGGCUUCAGAGAAGAAACCUGUCAUGCGUUUUCCACUGGGGAAACUGGGCUGAGUCUCCUCCUCAGCCAGUGGAGGAGGAGCUUUGCGGAGACAAACUGAUGUGGAGCAUCAAACAGGAGAUGCAGCAGCCCUGCUUCGUCCCCUGCCCAGGAGACUGCCAUUUGACUGUGUGGUCGUCUUGGAGCUCUUGCCAGCUGACUUGCCUGGAGGGGCGAAGCUUUGAGACCACUGGUCGCCAAGCUCGCUCGAGAGCUGUGAUCAUUCAGGUCAUGGAGAACCAGGGCAGCUGUCCACAUCAAGUCUUUGAGACCCAGCCCUGUAAAGGAGGAAAAUGCCACAGAUACCAGUGGAGGACGGGAGGAUGGAGCAACAAUGAGAGAGUGGUGUGGUGUCAGCGUUCAGAUGGUGUCAAUGUCACAGGGGGGUGUUUCCCGCAGAAAAGGCCGACCACGGUGAGACACUGCCAUCCUCCGUGCACCAAACCCUUCUCACACUGUACACCGAGUGGAGUGUGUGGGUGUGAGAAGGGUUACACUGAAGUGAUGACCACGCAUGGCUUCUUGGACUACUGCACCAGAACCCCCGGGGUGGACAACAACAAGAAAGCUGAUGUGAAAACCAGCUCUGGAAGAUUAAAACCCGGGCCAUCUCAAGCCCAGGACCUCUUCAACGAGUGGACCUUACGACCUGUUGGGCCAGAUGGAAGAGUGAAGCUGUGGGUUUACGCUGUGACUGCUGUUGGAUUCAUCUUAAUACUCUUCAUUAUUGCAUUGUCAUUCCUGGUCUGCAAGCCAUCCAAAACCACAAAGACGUCUCCUCCUCCGCAGAAGCCUUUGACCCUGGCUUACGAUGGCGACAUGGAUAUGUAACCAGACUGCUAUACCUCACACAGAGUACGCUCAGCCUUGGACUACUGACUUCGUGCAGUUUUUUAGCAAGCACGUCCAUCACAUAACACUGAUUGUUGGCCAGUUUAAGCUGGGCGACUGUUUGCUAUAGUGCCAACUGUAUUGCAAAAAAAAAAUGCAGCAGACAAAUAGCAAUGCUCACAAAUAAUUUGCUGCUGAAGGGCAACGGAGCCCACGUUUUUGGCUUCAGCCAGCUUUCCUUGCCGCAGAAGAGGAACCAAAGCUGAAAAUGAUGGACAUGAGAUAAGAAGUCUCUAGACAUAUGAAAUAAAUGAACUCCUGGUUUCUUUUUUUAACUACUAGCAAUGUGAACACAGAUUUGAAACACUGUUUUCAGCCCACAAAUCACAAGGACUACUCAAGGGCAAAGACAAGCCUGAUCCACAAGCGAUGAUUCUGGAGUUUUUGCGUGUCAAGAAUCAGAGGGACGGCCUGGUCAUCUGCCCCUUAUCGUGUCCUGAAGGAGACAAAAUAUCUUCAGUUAGCAGUCACUCAUGACAUUCAAAGGCGGAACAUUUGACAUUUGACUUGGCCCAUCAGUGCUGGAUCUUUGUAAAAGGAAAUGUCACAAGCCUUUUGGGUAAACAAACAGCCUUUUUUUGAACUUCUGAGAAUAAACAAGAUGCUCUAUGCACUACGUUAGUGCUGAUUCACUUUUGUUUUCUCCUUUCAAAUGACUUUUCUAGUGUUUUAAUUGUAAUGCAAGUUGUUGCUGUCAGAUUGUGUUUUGUUGAUGAUGCCAUAUGUUGUGUAUAUGUGGAAACCAAAAGCAGGCUUGCCUUGAAUUUAACAGUACAAUGAUGCAGUAAUUUCUCCUUGCUGAUGCUUAUAAGACUCUCAGCCACUGAGGACAAAAAUAAGAAACAACUUCAAAAUCAAAAUUUCUACUGAAUCAUGGCAGACUGUUUUGGCAGUAAACGUCGAGAAUUAACAGAGAACAACAUACACAGACCUUUAAAGCAAAUUAUCAAAUACCAGCCUGAUAAAGUUCAUACCUCAUAAAAACACCUUCAUCAAAUGCAAAUCAUGCACCGAAACAGGUAUAAGCAUAGAAAUGAAAAAUUAUCCGCUGGAGUAAACAUGCUUUACUUUUAUCAUAAGGAUGUCAUACCUUUUCACCAUUUUUGGAAACAAUUAAAUCCAAAUGCAAGGUCAGCAGACACAGAGCAAGCAGAGAACAUAGAUUUUGACUGUAUUGUUUUGGAGUUUUGUGUGACACUCAGAAGACGGAGAUCAAAACACGAAAGACGGCAAAUAUCAAAUAUUGGUGAGCACUUAUAGUAUUGGUGAGCACUCAUAUUUCUGUUUUUCUCAUCAUACACAACAGAGUUUUGUUUUAUUCAGCCAUG